UGGGGGGGACGAGUAAGUUCUGCUUGCUGUCGAUACAGAAGUUUCUAGACAUAUUUGAAAGCAGGGAAAAUAACUUAUUGAAUAAGCGAUUUUGUUAUAUAUACUUUUUAAACAUUUUUUUUUAAAUCAAGGACAACCACGUUAACAUCGCCGUUUCGAUUGAGUAAGGUUUACUUUCUAGCGUGAUGGUUCUUACCGUAGUGAAUUUAAAACGUUAACAAAAUGUUACCGUUAGCUUGCUAGCUACGUAAACGCGUUAGCUAGCAAAGGUUUUUAAACAACAAAACAACAAUAAAAAUAUGUCGUCCUGGGAUAUCAGAAAAGUUCACUUGUACAAGUUACCACCAGUUGUACUGUGUGACUUCUCCCUCGUUAUGGACAGUAUCUCCGAUGUGGACUGGGACAGAUUCGCGUCCCAUGUGUUGACUGACCAGACUGACAGGCGUCUGGCCGAGAGGAGAGAGAGACGGACAGACUGGGUGAUGAAUCACUGGGCUCAGAGGAAUGGAACAGUUGGAGAACUACUGAACUUGCUGGAGAAGCUGCAGCUGUUAAGAGCUAGAGAUAUCAUCUUAAACUGGAAACCCAGUGGACAUCGUCCCUCUUCCACUCCUCUAGCUGCUCCGCCGCAGGUUAAACUGGAGCCUCUUGUUCCUCCAUCUCAUCUCUUCAACCCUCCUCCUAAAGUCCAUCCUACCAACACUCUGACUACUAAGGCUUACUCUCCGCCAGGACUGAUGUCUCUGCCCAAACCUGGCCCUCCACCCUCAGGGCUGAAAUCACAGGACCACAGAGGGUCGUUUGUAGACCAACAGUGGUCCAUCUCCAGAGGUCCCCUGCUGUCCAGUGCUAUGUGUUGGCCGUUUGAAGAAGUCCAGAGAGGAACAGAGGACUUCUCCCAUGCCAAGCAGAUAGGAGAGGGGGGGUUUGGACAUGUGUACCGGGCUACCAUGAGGAGCACUGACUUCGCUGUCAAGAAACUGAAGGAGAACUCUCCACUAGACUGGAGCGUAGUGAAGGAGAGCUUCAAGACCGAGGUGGAGAAACUAUCACAAUACAGACAUCCCAAUAUAGUGGACUUUGUGGGCUACAGUGUUGGACAAGGAACCUACUGUCUGCUCUAUGUCUUCAUGCCCAACGGUUCUCUGGAAGACCAGCUGCACAACCAGGCCAGUGCUGCCCUCUUCUGGCCACAGCGUGUCAGUGUGUUGCUGGGCACAGCCAGAGCCAUUCAGUUCCUCCACUCUUCCUCUCCGCAGCUCAUACAUGGAGACAUCAAGAGCUCUAACAUCCUACUAGACGAGCACCUGGAGCCUAAGCUGGGGGACUUUGGCCUGGCCCGGUUCUGCUGUUGCUCCAGCAGUAGGUCAGCUGGUAGAACCACCACGGUAGCCUAUACCAAGACUGUGAGGGGAACACAGGCGUACUUACCUGACGAAUACCUCAAAACAGGAGCUUUGGGAGUAGCCAUUGACAUCUUCAGCUUUGGAGUGGUGCUGCUGGAGGCGCUGACUGGCCGUAGAGCUUUAGAAGUGGACCACAGCCAAUCCAAAGCCGUCUACCUGAAAGACCUGGUGAAGGGGGCCGAAGAUGACGGAGGUCAUCAGGCCAGAGGGAGGUCAAAGAGGAGUUCAGAGAGAGUAACCCAGGAACAGUCUAGUAUUCCUCCAGCCGCAACACAUAUCUGGCAGAAGCACCUGGACCCUAGACUGAUGGUGACAGGGAUGGGAGGCUCUCUUUCUAGCCUAUCCAGGGUGUGUACGGCAGGGCCAGGCUCCCCUUCUCCGGCCCCACACGGCUCCCUGGAUCUGACUACUCUGGCAUGUCGCUGUCUGGAGGCCCGGGGGAAGAAAAGGCCCCCCAUGACCGAGGUAUUCCAGGUGCUUCAAGACAUCCAUACCAGUUUGAAGGCCUCAGACGUAUCCUCAUCUUCUCCUUCUCACCAGUCCUUCCCUAAACCUCCUCAAUCAUCCAUAGACUCGUGUAUAGACUGCCUAACAGACGUUCUGUCAAAAGUGGGUCCACUGGAAGACACGUACCAAUGCCUUCCUCACCCCUCCUCGGUCCUCCCUCCCUCCUCUUCCUCGGUCCUCCCUCCCUUCUCCUCCUCCUUCCUUGGUCCAUGUGAAUCAGAUGAGAGCCAAGGUUAUUCCCAGUACUGUGCUCCUCCCUCUCAGCUCCCACAUAGUGACACCAGAUCAGACCCCAAGACCUCCAUGCCGUAUGGUUGGUCUUCACCAGCCAGACGGUUACGCUCCGGUUCACCGUGCUCAUCGUCAGAUGCUGAGAUGAACCCACAAUGCCGAGGACCAGAAGAGAGUGAUGAGCCUGAAUACCUUUCCGGGGAGGCCAGUGAGAGUCAAGCCAACACACCCAGACAGACCAACGCUCACAACUAACAACCCAGCCUACCAUUACACACUGCAGUACCUAGACAAACAAAGCCAUGUGGAUACAAUCUGUGUAUCAUACAUUGGCCCAACAGUCAAUAUUGGCUGUUAUGCAAGUCAGUUUGGGAAGAGCAAAGCAAAUGUUGAGUUACUCCAAUCCUGCUUUUUUUGGUUUGUAUGUUCCACUUUUAUUUCAAAAACUGAAGCAUGCGGUUUGGUAUCGUGAAAUGUAAACAACCCCAAAUCCAGUCAUUUCUUUCACACAUCACUAGUUCUGUUUACAAUUUGUACAAUGUAUCUUUCUGAUAAUUCAGACAACUGUUAUGAUUUUUAUUUGUACAAUGAAUGUCAAGGUUUUCAUUAAAUUAACUUGAACUGGA